UACUUUGUUUUUUUUUAAGAAAAAGACUUAAUUUUUUUGUUUACCGUCCAAGUAAUGUUUUAAUAAAUCUAAUUUAGUAAGAUGAUUAGUAAGAUGAAAGUGUACUUUAGUUUAAUCUGCCUGAUGGGCAGCCUAAACUUGGCUUUGUCGCAAUUCAAUGACCUGGAGCAAAGGAAUUGCAUUAUACCCAAAAUAUUGCAAGGAUCUUGGUUUUCAUGGGAAGUUGGUUUACCCACUCAAACGGUCAUUGAUGCCACCUCCAUGUCAAGGCGUGGCUAUUGCAUCAACUACCAGCGGCAUCACGGAGAUGAGUAUUCGUUUGUUUUCAAGGAGCGUUCAACAAAUUGUUAUCACUGCGUGCGAACAAUAAUCAGGACAUUGAAUAUAUUUGAAAAAUUCGAAGGACCUUGCGUGGGUCUACCAGAUGGACAGAGGCCCACAGUGGAAAAUGUGUGCAAAGGUAUUAAGGAUGAUCAGCAACUGAUCACCCUAUUCAAUGAGAAUUUCGUGCCCAUCAAUUGUCGGUCUUCGCUGGAAGGAGUUUGGCAUUUCACCUAUCAGAACCGAUUCCGCUUCACAGGUGUGUGCAAUAAACCCGAUGCUCGCAUUCAAUCGUGUCAAACAGCAGGAACGCAGUUUCUCAUCCAGAAUCAGAAAUUCAAUAUCACAUAUCAAAAAUGUGAGGGCAUGGAGGGAACUUUCAGUGGGACAGUGGAGUUCAGUUGUCUGGGCGAUUGGUUUGUGGGAAAGAAUCAUUAUUUCGCUGUGGCAAAUACCAAGGAAUCGCGUAAGGAUGAGAAAUACCGUUGCUUCCUUAAGAAUCGUGACGAUGAUUUGUACGUGGGUGUGUCCAUUACGGCGGAGUGCAACACUUUAAAGACACCAGAAGCAUCGCCCGAACGUUUGAAAUUAACACCCGUAAAAGCGGAAUUCGUUGAACCCGGAUGCACCUUGCCACAGAACUUCACGGGUGAAUGGGUGAAUACGGCCAACAUAGACGCCGAUGUGUCCAUUAGCGAGACCCAUAUAAACGAGACCUAUUAUCCGGAUAAGGCACGUUACAGAAAAACCAUUUACGUGUGUCGGGAACGACGAGGAAAUCGUGUAAUGAUGGCGCGCCUCACGGUUGACGGUUGUCAGAAGGAUUAUGUGUGUUUCGACUUUAUGCCCCGUCAUCACAAUAUUAUACGCUAUCGCAAGGGUCUGGCUGUGAUUAAGGAUGAUUUCAGUACAGUUUGUUCUUGGGUUCAGUUCCCUAAUGCCGAAGCAUGGAAAUAUGAUCUGUUUCUGGCCAGGAAUCCUGUUCCAGUGCGUUGUCCUGUUGCUGGCAAAUUCAACUUCACCCAAAGAGGCGAACAUCCAUUUAAAACAAGAAUUCUGGGCGGUGUCACACUCAGUCCUCGUCCCGAUAUUCAUUGCAAACAGAAUAUAUCGGAUUUAUCGGUGUGUGAUACGGAUCAGAAGGAACUAGCUGUGGAUGAAAACUAUUGCUUGUCUGUGGACCAUCUGGGUCGUCCUGUCGAUAUUUACAGUGAUCCAGAUUAUCGCAUGAAAUGCAUCGGUUUCUGGAAGGAAAACCUAAAGUCCUAUUUGAUCACCUACGAUGAUUUGGAUCCCUUGUCGAAAUACCGUUGCUGGGUAUAUCAGCGUGCUGACCUCAAUCGUGUCCUUAUGUCCCAGGCUGUAGGUGCAUUCUGCAAACUGAAUCAGGAUGUCACCUCAUGGAAUCAUUCAGAAGGCGCUGCCGUUGCUAUCGAUGCUGUUGAAUAUGAACGAGAACGAGAUGAUUGCCCCAUGUAUUUUGAUGAUGGUUUGAAUCCCUGGAAGCCCUCCGACGCUUCCAAUAUUGUGUUCGAUUGGGAUUUCUAUAGAGCUGGGGCCACAUCCCUAAAUAAACAAACAAUAAGCUCUCUCCUCGGCCUUGUCACUUUUAUAGUGGUCAUGACCAAGUAUAUAUAGUCAAUCCAAUAGAGUUCAAAAACUAUUUUUAAGUCCAACGAACGAAUUAAUUUUUACAUCCCCCAUACAGAUAAUUGAGUGCCUUUAUGUAAAUCAUAAAUUUUUAGCUUAGUCUUUAAGUACAUAUCAAAUUUUUGAAAUUAAUGUCAACAUAUCCGUCCACCGUACUAAAGAAUCUCAAAAUGCUUGAAUAAAAACUUAUUUUAAAUCUGA